AGCAGCAGCAGCGGUGGUGCUUUGUCGCUGACGGUAAAUGCAUAGCCGUCACCAUGCCCCCGGGGAAUGGGAUGCAGGAGGAGUGGGAGAAGGAGGAGGCUUGGGACCAAGGGAUCAUGAUGGACUUCCUGCUGCCCACUGGGAUCUUCCUCAAAUUCCCAGUGUCUCGGAACGACACCAUUAAAACCAUCAAAAAGAUGGUUUGGAAGAAUGCCAGAAGCGAGGCCUUGUUCUCAGCUCUGGGCGACCCCGAUGCUUAUGUCUUCACCUGCAUUAACCAGACAGCAGAGCGCGAGGAGCUGGAGGAGGAGUCGCGGCGUAUCAGCGACGUCCGCCCCUUCAUGUGUGUCCUCAGGCUCGUGGCCAGAGAGGGAGACCGAGUGGAGAAGCUCACCAACGCUCAAAUCAGCCUUUUAAUCGGGAAAGGUCUGCACGAGUUUGAAGCCCAAAAGAACCAUGAGGUGAAUGAGUUUCGGACAAAGAUGCGAGUGUUUGUCGAGGAGAAAGCUCUGGAGCGGCAGCUGUUGCCAUGGCACCAGUGGAUGGAGUACAGUUUCCCGUGCGACCUGGAGCCCUGCUGCUGUCCACCUGAUGGAGGGAGCAACAACAAGACCAAAAACACCAAGAAAAUCUUUGUCAACAUCAAGUUUGAGUCUUCAGAUGAGAGCUUCAUGCUGCAGCAGAACCCUCAGGACCGGCCUCUCUGUCUGGUGAAGAGCGCUCUGAAGAAGAAGGCCACAGUUUUCCGCUCAAUUCGACAGGAGCCAGAGGACUACACCCUCCAGGUCAACGGCAGGUGGGACUUCAUCUACGGGGACCACCCUCUCUGCCAGUUUAAAUAUAUCUUUAACUGUCUAAGAAACGGCCAGAACCCUCAGCUCACUAUGGUCCACCAUUCGACCAUCACGAAGUACCAGGAGGAGCAGGGACGAAUGUGCAACCAGGUUUUUAAGAGCCGUACUUUGUCCAGACCUCCGCCACUGCCACUUAAGAAACAAAACACAUCAUCUCUCUGGUCCAUAUCCGAGCCGUUCCACAUUCAGCUGCUGCAGGGGAGCCGCGUGAACGCAGACGAAGGCAUGAAGUUGGUGGUCCAGGCCGGUCUGUUCCACGGCAGCGAGCUCUUGUGCAAAGUGGUGACGAGUUCAGAGGUCACGGUGUGUUCGGAGCCGCUCUGGGACCAAAAACUGGAGUUCGACAUCAACGUUUCCGACCUGCCCCGAAUGAGCCGCCUGUGUUUCGCCCUGUACGCCGUCAUCGAGAAGACCAAGAAGCCCCGCGGGACGAAGAAGAAGAACAAGAAGGCCGACUGUCCUAUUGCCUGGGUCAACACCAUGGUUUUCGACUACAAGGACCAGCUGAAGACCGGGGAGUUCCUUCUGUCCACUUGGCCCUCGGUUCCCGACGACAAAAGUGACCUGCUGAAUCCUAUGGGGACCGUUGAGAAGAAUCCUAAUGUAGACAGUGCCGCUGGGCUCCUCAUUCGCUUCCCCAACAUCAGACCACAUCCUCUUUAUUAUCCACCGCUCGACAAGAUCACAGAUAUGGAGAAGAACGGUGACGCUUCGACUGUCUCCAAAGAUGAGUUGUUGAGGCUGAAAGAAAUAAUGGACAACAAAAACUACACUGAGUUUUUUGAGGAUGAGAAGGAACUGCUGUGGAAGCUGAGAUACGAAGUCCGAGAUCAUUACCCGGAAAGUCUGUCCAAACUGCUGCUCAUCACCAAGUGGAGCAAACGAGAGGAUGUGGUCCAGAUGGUGAGUUUGCUCGGACACUGGCCCGACCUCCCGGCCAUCCAUGCCCUGGAGCUCCUAGACUACAGUUUCCCUGACCCGGCCGUCCGCUCUUUCACAAUAAGAUGUCUAAAAAAACUCAGUGACCGUGAGCUGCUGCAGUACCUCAUUCAGCUGGUCCAGGUCCUGAAGUACGAGUCUUAUCUGGACUGUGACCUCACCAUGUUUCUCCUGGAGCGCGCUCUGUCCAACCGCAAGAUUGGGCACUUCCUGUUUUGGCAUCUCAGGUCAGAGAUGCAUGUGUCCUCCGUUGGUUUGAGAUUUGGCCUUAUUCUGGAGGCGUAUUGCAGAGGAAACAUCCACCACAUCAGACUUUUAACGAAACAGAAUGAAGCUCUGAGUAAAAUGAAGGCGCUCAGUGACUUUGUGAAGUCCGGCUCACAGAAGAUGACAGCAGAGGACCUAAAACUGUGCAUUAAACAGGAGUCGUAUGUGGAGGCUCUGUCUGACCUGCUGUCCCCCCUCAACCCCAGCAUCAUCCUCAACGAGAUAUGUGCGGAUAAAUGCAGGUUCAUGGACUCUAAAAUGAAGCCGUUGUGGAUGAUGUACAGAAAUUCAAGUGUUCAGGGAGAAAUGGUGGGAAUCAUAUUCAAGAAUGGAGACGAUCUACGGCAAGACAUGUUAACCCUUCAGAUGAUCCACCUGAUGGAAAAUCUCUGGAAGAAAGAGGGAUUAGAUCUCAGGAUGAUCCCGUACGGCUGCCUCUCCACUGGAAACAAAAUGGGUCUUAUUGAAGUUGUGAAAAACUCAGACACUAUCGCCAAUAUUCAACGCAACAGCAGUAACAGCGCGGCCACAGCUGCCUUCAACAAGGACGCCCUGCUCAACUGGCUCAAGUCCAAAAAUCCUGGGGACAAAUUAGAACAAGCGAUAGAGGAGUUCACUCUGUCAUGUGCUGGCUACUGUGUAGCUACUUACGUCUUGGGGAUUGGAGAUCGUCACAAUGACAACAUCAUGAUCAGAGAAACUGGACAGCUCUUUCACAUUGAUUUUGGACAUUUCUUGGGAAACUUCAAACGAAAGCUGGGCAUCAACCGGGAGCGAGUGCCUUUCAUUCUGACGUACGAUUUUGUCCACGUGAUUCAACAGGGACGCACCAACAACAGCGAGAAGUUUGAGAGGUUCAGAGAGUACUGUGAAUGGGCCUAUAAGAUCCUGUGUCGUAACGGGACACUGUUUGUGAACCUCUUUGCCAUGAUGAAGGCGGCUGGACUGCCCGAGCUCACCUCAUUCAAAGACAUUCAAUAUCUUAAGGAUUCUUUGGCUUUGGGCAAAUCUGAGGAAGAAGCUCUCAAGAAUUUCAAAGUGAAAUUUAAUGAAGCGCUACGAGAAAGUUGGAAGACCAAGGUGAACUGGAUGAUGCACUCUUUGGCCAAAGACAAUAGACCCUGAU